UGAAAAGCGACGGAGCAGCCAGUGCGUCCGCGGCCGUCAACCACACCUUGUCGAGGAAAGCAGCUCGCGAGAGACACGCGCGCAUCCACGCACACAUACAUACACAGACACACACACAGACACACACACGCACACACACACCUCUCGCAAAGCACCCCGUCGUCGUCGUUCGACCGGUCGUUUCGCUUUCGACGCGGUCUGCCUGUUGCGGGACGGCUGAUUCGUCGAAGGAAGGAUCAUCACAAGUGCAAGACGGAUAAUUGACAAGGGCCUGUAGAAGAUGGACGUAAAAGGGCGAGUUGCCCUGGUGACGGGCGCCGCUUCCGGUAUCGGUAAAUCUUGCGCCGUGGAAUUAUUAAACGAAGGCGCGAUGGUGUCUAUAUGCGAUAUAAACUCAGAAGAGGGUGAAAAAUUAGCAGAAACUCUGUCUACGGAACAUGGGAAAGACCGUGUGAUCUUCUGUCAAUGCGACGUCACAGACUAUUCGCAAUUCGAGGAAUCGUUUCAAACAACGUUCGCGACGUUCGGCCACAUCGAUAUCGUUGUUAAUAACGCUGGAAUAAUGAACGAUCGAUUUUGGGAACUGGAAGUGGACAUUAACGUUAAUGGCGUGAUCCGCGGAACUUUGCUCGCUCAGCGAUUUAUGGGAACGGACAGGGGUGGCCAGGGUGGAAUAGUGGUUAAUAUUGGAAGCAACGUCAGCAUCAACCCUUAUGCGAGUGUUCCAAUUUACUCUGCCACCAAAGCGGCAAUCGUCAACUUCACCAGAGCGUUUGGGCACCAAUACCACGUGGACUUAACCGGCGUGAAGGUGAUGGCAUUAUGCCCAAGCGCGACAGAUAGCAAAUUAUUAGGAGAUGUCAGUAAACAAUUGCUUUGGCCUCGAUACGUAGACGCUUGGCUUCGUGACGUCGCCAGUUCAGUUCCUCAAAGAUCAGAACACGUAGCUAAAGCGCUGAUCCAGAUUCUAAACACAGGCAAAAGUGGAAGCGUCUGGCUGGUGGAGAAGGACCAACCUCCUCACGAGAUCACAUUCCCGAAAAACUAAGAUCCUAACUGUCACGAUUCGCGUGAAUUUACUCGCUUGAAUUCAAAUAGCUGUGCCGUACCACAUACAAAACCUCUCAUCGUCUCUCAUCAUCGCUACGAAAAAGAAAAGGAAAAGCAAAUAUUCCAGAAUAUUUCUGGUAUCCACAAGCUAAAAUUUAUUUGCAAUUCAAAUUUUACGGUAAAUUCGAGUUAACGACCUAAGGAUCGAUCAUCGAGGAAGCGUGAAAUGCUACGCGGGAUGAAGAACACGUGUUUAGGUGUAAGGAUGCAUCAGUUCUAUUGCCAAAGAUUACGGAAGGCAAUUAGUACGAUGAGAAUGUUUCUUUGUACGUUGUUAUCCGUUCGUGUUAGAUUUAGAAGGAAUAACGUUCGUUUUAAUUAUAAUAUGAUAAUUUAACGGGAUUUUCUCGAGUGUCCGUUCCUAUUUUCCUUCGAGAGUGUACUCGAUGGGAAUUCACAGGAAAUUCUUCAAUAAUGGCACGUCACAAUGUUAAUCUGAAGGAGGCAAAUGAUAAUCUAUAAAUCGAGAAGUCAUGCACUGCUGUAAGUUUCUCAUUAACGCGUUUAUCGCCACGUUAUUUAUACACGUUACAUAGAAAUCGA